UCUGUUUCCCCAUAUAUAUUCAUAGAUUGAAAUUUCUUUAUUUUUUUUUUUGCCGGUUUACAUUAAUAUAUUGAAAAUCAAAAUUCACUCAAAUCACUAAUUGAUAUUAAGUUUUUCGAAAAUGGAUGAUUAUUACAAGAAAUAUCCAUCCUCUUCAAGGGAUCGACACAUUCGUCAUCAAGCUACGGGUAUGGUUAGCGGCGGUGGUCAUCAUUCACUUGGUAUGGGUCAGGUAUACGCCGGUUCUCCUGUUUCGAUAAAUCCUAACUCAAAUCGAUCUGGACGUGCAUUAAUACCAUCUGACUCACCUUUAAUGGGAACACCAACAUCAUUGGAUUAUAGUCAUGUAGGUAAUAAUAAUGGAACUGCUAUAGGUGAUGGUCAUCAUGAUUAUGGUUCAUCAGCAUCAUCAGCUACGAUGAUGAUGGAUCAUCGAUCAAUUUACGGUGGCCCGCCCGUAUCAUCUGCACAGCCUCCUCCAAUGGACAUUCCGAUGAAUAUGAAAAUUUCAACCGGUAACCAGAAUUAUUACGAUUCCCGUAUUGGUGAUGCACAUACAUCGGCAACAACAACAGCCAUCCCUCCAUCAUCGGUAUCCACAACAUCGAGAACAUUGGAAAAAUAUUUCACUCAAGAUGAAUUGAAGCGAUUCAACGAAUUUAAUCGUUUUCUUGUAAUGUCAUCACCUGAACAGCAGAAGAAAUUCUAUGCAUCACUUACAAGCGUUGAAUACAAACGAUUCAAUGAUUAUCUUGAUAUGGAAUCGCAGGCAAAAUCUGUUCCAGCGCCGCCACCGCUGCCACAGAUUCCAUCUACUCCAAGUAUUAAUCAAGGCCAUCAGCCAGCUUCACAAUCUUUAGGGGAUCCCUAUUUGAACCAAACACAACAGCCAAAGCCAUCAUAUACAAUACAAUCAUCAUAUUCAUAUGAUACUUCAUACUAUGAUGAUGGUAAUAAUGAAAACAUGGCCAAUUCUACUUUGAAUAAUCAUUAUCAUCGAAAUGCACGCAAGUUCACUCAAUCGCCGUCACAAGUAACUUCGGAAUAUUAUGGCCGAUCAUCGACAGUCGAUAGUAGUGGUGAUUGUUAUCAACCACCAUUACCACAGAUUCAUAACGAUAGCUAUAAUCAAGAAUACAAUGACCAUCGAUACCAUGAUGGUUACGAAGAAAACCAAACAUAUGGAUCAACAUAUUCAUCAACUUAUGGUACAUCUUAUCGUCAAAGGGAUAUUUCAGCCGAUCGCCAUCGUAAUUCGACUCGAAAUUCAAUUAAAAGUCGUAGCCGUAGUCGUACCCCCAACAGAUUUAGGAAAUCAUCAUCAUCUAAUCAUCGUAACUCUUCGCUGUCAGAACGAUCAGCAAUUCGCAAAAGUGGUGGUCGUGACGAUCACGAUCGUUUUAAACAUUCCCGUUCGAGCGAUUCACGUGCGAAGAAACCAACAACUUCAUCUUCAACACCGAAAGAGUCUCAAAAUAAACAUCGUACAUCGUCAACGAAUUCUUCGUCAACGAAAACUCACUCUAAAGAUAAUGAUGUGAAAAUACUUGAAGAGCGAAUUAAAGAAUUAGAAAAACGUCUAGAUAAUAAUCGAACUAAAAGCCAUGCCAGUUCAUCCGAUCGAUCCUCAUCACUGAAACGAAAUCGACCGCAGGAUUCAUCAGCAACUAAAUCAACUAGCUCUAAAUCUGGAACGGCAACUAAAACUCCAUCAUCUUCGGAAGCAUCGAAAAAGAAACCCAUAAUUACUGAAACCAAGAAACCUACGACUAAUACGGAAACAACUACUGUGUCGAAAUCCAAAGAAACAGACAAAAAAUCAUCAAUCAGUGAUGGUUCUAAGCAGCCAAUAUCAAGUACCACCGAUGAAAAAUCACAAAAAACAGUCAGCAACUCUAGUGUGAAUUCUGCUUCGAAAUCCGAUUCGAAAACUCAUGAAAUGAAAAAUUAUAAAAUACCCAAAAAAAGCGACACUCAAAAUGCUGCAGCGACACCCAAAAAAAGCGACACACAAAAUGCUGCAGUGACAACGACAAAACCUGCUACAUCGUCUUCGACAACAACAUCAUCAUCAGCUAAAUCAAACAAUUCGCCAUCCAAGUCAUCAAAGUCCGAAUCGACAAAAAAACAUUCCGAUCAAUCGCCCAUUAAGAGCCGAACUUCUCCAUCAAGGGUUAGUACCAGUAGUAGAAGUCAUCAAGUAUCAUCAAGACGUCGAGAACCUUCACCAGUAUCAGUAAUAAAUUUAUACGGAUCACAUAGAUUAACUCAAAAGGAUUUUGAUGAUACAUUCACACAUUUUCAUUGGUGUAAUUUGUGUCAUCUGUUUUUCAAAACAGAAUCUAUGUAUCUGAAGCAUUUACAUACUGAUCGUCAUUUUAGUAAAUUAGGUUCAUCAGAUUUUCAAAUCAUACGAAAAGCAGAAGAACGAAUCAAUGCAAAUGAAACAUCUGUACAAUCUGAUUUUAAUCCUUUGAAACAUUCAUCAUCAACAUCGUCGACUGUUUCUAACAUUUCCAGUCAAUCGGUCGACUGUGAUAAGGAACAAUUUUUAGGAACCGAAUUUUUCUACCCACUUAUAUCUUUCUAUUGUGAUUUGUGUUCAAAAUUUUUGCCUACAAAUCAGCAAGGACAAGAUCAUCUUCGUUCUGAACGACAUCUUGUACUUUAUCAGAAAUACAUGAAAAAGAAUGUGGAUUUUUAUAACAAAUUCAAUGAAAAACGGAUGGAACAAUUCAAGAAAUCGCCAUACGUACGUCAAUUCAUUCAUGAACAAUUCAGGCAAAGAUUACUUGAACAGAAAAACAAAGGUAAACCGUGUACGGAUUCACAAUCAUCACAAACCGUAUCUAAUAAUAUUUCGAGUGAAAAAGUACCAACUGAGAUUAAAAAAUUAAUGGAUUCUAUUUUGGAUCGCGUCGUAGUAGAUUUUUUUACCAAGAAAAAUAAAGCAACACAACCUUCGGGAACAUCUAUCAAACCUGUUGUCCAAGCGAAAAAAUCAUCUGAAGACAAAAUAACUGUUGAAAAAGUGGCCGGAAACAAACGGCCAGCUGACGAUAAAACUUUGAAAGAGAAUAGUCAAAUGAAGAAAAUUAAAGAAAAUCCUGAAACUGUUGUUGCUCCUGCUACCAUCAUUAAUUCCAAUGAUAAUAAUACAGGAACACAGCCCGAGCUUCCAGAAAUGAAAAAUAAAGGUGUAUCUAAAAUGAAAAACAACAAUGUUGGCCAAGUCGUUCAAACAGAAACAGAAACAAAAUCAGAUACAAAAGAAAUCCAAACAAAAAAUAAAUCGAAAAAAUCUGUAACCGAAAAAACUGAUAAGAAUGGUGAUGAUUUGAAUGCGAUUGAAAAAACGCUUGUAAUAGAUGAUGUUGAUCAAACACCGCCUAUAUUUGCCGGAUAUAGACAACGUAGAGCUGCCGCUGCAGCAGCUGCUUCGAUCAUUGCACAACAAUCACAUCAAACGCGAUCAAAACCUAUUAAAAAACCGAUGAAUGCAAAAAAUGAGCCAUUAAAUAACGCUGAUAAUAAAGUGAAAAACACAAAGAAAAAAAAGAAAGUAAUUAUAAUCGAAGAUGAUGAUACCGAAGAAGAAGAAGAAAUGGAAACCAUUGAACAAUUAGAUGCACCAUUCGAUGAUGAUAAUGAUGAAGAUGAAGACGACGACGAUGACGACGAUGAAGAAGGAUUUGAUGUAAUUGAUGAAAUGGAUGAUGCGUAGAAUUCGAAUCCUGGAUCAAGACUAGAUUUCCUAUUUGGCAACUUGGUCAGACAAUAAAUUCAUUUUUCUUUUUAUCACACAAAAAUCUCUUAUUGGUGGUCAUCCCAGUCGUUUUAUAAUAUCUUUGUAUACCUAACCCACAAGAUUCAUUCAUAUUAAUCGAUUUUUUUUCUCAAAUUACUUUUUUUUUUGUUUGUUUUUAUCAUCUAUCCAAACCCAUUUCCUUUCUUCACUACGAAGUAAGAAUAUAAUUUCAUUUUAAUUGUCAGAAUUUGAAUUGCAGUUUCAUUGGUAAGUGUUGUUUCUGUGCAAAAAAAAAAAAAAAA